CAAGUGGAACGUGAUGAAGCUCUUCACGGACAUACAGCAAGCAUUAACAAAAAGAUCCCGCCCACACCAUCACAGCCCUGAACACCCGCUGAUCGCUCAUCGUAAAGAUAAAAGCACGGAGGGAGAAAGGCGGAUUGAAGGACACUUUGCCCUCAGCCUUCUUGAAGGCAGAUGGGAUUCCCCUGAGGACCAGUGCAGAGGGGACUUCACUACUAAUGGAAGGCAGCACAGCAUGCGGCCCGGUGAGAGCUCAGAGGGCUCGCGCUCGGUUCGCGGGAGAUGUAUCAAUAAUAGCGCCGUUGAACGCCGCCGUCUCGCGAGCCCCUCGCAGGACACCAGGAUGAGCGGGAGAGACACAGACGGCCGGACGGACAGAGGCAGAAGAAGGAGAGGAGGAGGAAGAAUGGAGCCGGGCAUCACGUUGCUGUGCUGCUGUUUGUGGAGCGUCGUUUUCGCCUCCCUCUCUUCGUGCGCGCAAGGUUUUAUAUACACGUGCGGUGGGAUGCUGAAAGGCCGCAACGGGACCAUCGAGUCCCCAGGCUUUCCUUACGGCUACCCCAACGGAGCCAACUGCACCUGGGUGGUCAUCGGGGAGGAGGGCAGCCGCAUCCAGCUCCUCUUCCUGUCCUUCGCCAUCGAGGAGGAAUACGACUUCCUGUCGCUGUACGAUGGACACCCCCACCCUUCCAACUUCAGGACCAGGCUGACAGGCUUCCAGGUGCCGUCCCCGGUCACCAGCACGGGGAACGUGUUCUCUCUGAGACUCACCAGUGACUUUGCCGUCUCCGCACACGGCUUCAAGCUCAACUAUGAAGCUGAGGACACAUGUGGGGGCACUGUGAGGGGCGGCAGUGGGGUGGUGACCAGUCCCGGUUACCCCGGCAACUAUGGUAACCAGGCCGACUGUACAUGGAUCCUUUUGGCUGAACCUGGAGACACCAUCUCUGUCAUCUUUACAGACUUCCAGACGGAGGAGAAGUACGACUACCUGGAAGUCGAGGGAUCUGAGCCACCAACCAUCUGGUUGGCGGGCAGCAACAUCCCGUCGCCGAUUGUCAGCAACAAGAACUGGCUCCGCCUACACUUCGUCACCGAUAGCAACCACCGUUACCGUGGUUUCAGUGCGCACUACCAAGUGAAGCGAUCAGUAGAUUUUAAAUCACGGGGCGUUAAAUUAUUCCCCGGCAAAGACUCCAGCAACAAGUUUUCGAUCUUGAAUGAAGGCGGCGUGAAGCAGGCGUCUAACUCCUGCCCUGACAUCGGAGAGCCCGAGAAUGGCAAGCGCGUUGGCGACGACUUCAGCAUCGGCAGCGAGGUCCACUUCACCUGUGGCGAGGACUAUGUUCUCCAGGGCAGCAAGACCAUCAGCUGUCAGCGGGUGGCGGAGGUGUUCGCCGCCUGGAGCGACCACCGGCCCGUGUGCAAAGUGAAGACGUGCGGCAGCAGCCUGCAGGGCCCCUCGGGGACCUUCACAUCGCCCAACUUCCCCAUCCAGUACGAGAGCAACGCCCAGUGUGUGUGGAUCAUCACCGCCUCCAACCCCAACAAGGUGAUCCAGAUCAACUUUGAGGAGUUUGACAUGGAGAUCGCGUAUGACACGCUGACCAUCGGAGACGGAGGGGAGGUCGGCGACCCCACCGCUAUACUGCAAGUCCUAUCGGGGAGCUUCGUUCCGGACCUGAUCGUCAGCAUGACCCACCAGAUGUGGCUCCACCUGCAGUCCGACGAGAGCGUGGGCUCCAUUGGAUUCAAGAUCAACUAUAAAGAAAUAGACAAAGAGAGCUGUGGAGACCCCGGCACGCCUCUGUACGGCCUACGAGAGGGCGACAGCUUCCUCAACGGCGGCAUCCUACGCUUCGAGUGCCAGUUUGGCUUCGAGCUGAUUGGGGAGAAAACCAUUUCCUGCCAGGACAACAACCAGUGGUCGGCCAACAUCCCCAUAUGCAUUUUCCCCUGCAUGUCCAACUUCACGGCCCCCGCAGGGACGGUGCUGUCCCCGGACUACCCGGAGGGCUACGGGAACAACAUGAACUGCAUCUGGCUGAUCCAGUCGGAGCCGGGCUCCCGGAUCCACCUGGCCUUCAACGACUUUGACCUGGAGGCGCCGUACGACGCGCUCACCGUGAAGGACGGCGAGGGCGCCGAGGUGGCCGUCAUCGGGCGCUUCUCGGGCGCCGAGAGCCCCACCCACCUGACCUCCAGCACCAACACCCUGCGGCUGGAGUUCCAGGCGGACCACUCCAUGUCCGGACGCGGGUUCAACAUCACCUACAUGUCCUUCGGCCACAACGAGUGCCCCGACCCGGGCAUCCCCAUCAACGCCCGGCGCUUCGGAGACAGCUUCCAGCUGGGCGGCUCGGUGUCGGUGGUGUGUGAGGACGGCUUCAUCAAGACCCAGGGCGCUGAAACCAUCACCUGCCAGCUGGACAAAGGGAAGGUGAUGUGGAGCGGACCCAUACCCAAGUGUGAAGCACCAUGUGGAGGCCACUACUCAGCUCCAAACGGGGUGAUCCUGUCCCCUGGUUGGCCCGGCUACUAUAAGGACUCCCUGAGCUGUGAAUGGGUGAUCGAGGCCGAGCCCGGACGCUCCAUUAAGAUCAACUUUGACAAGUUCCAGACAGAACUGGGUUAUGACUUCCUGGAGAUGCACGACGGGCCCAACCUGCUCUCUCCUCUGAUUGGCUCCUUCAACGGCACCCAGGUGCCCCAGUUCCUGUUCAGCACCACCAACUUCCUGUACCUGCUGUUCACCACCGAUAACAGCCGCUCAAACGUCGGAUUCAAGAUAUUGUAUGAGAGCGUCACGGUGGACAGCUACUCGUGCCUGGACCCCGGCAUCCCGGUCAACGGUAUCCGGUACGGACAGGACUUCUCCAUCGGCUCCACGGUGUCGUUCGGCUGCGACCCGGGGUACAGGCUGAGCCACGAGGAGCCCCUGGUCUGUGAGAAGAACCACUGGUGGAGCCACGCCCUGCCCACCUGUGACGCUCUCUGUGGCGGGGAUGUGAGGGGCCCCUGGGGCACCAUCCUUAGUCCCGGAUACCCAGACAGCUACCCUUCAUCACUCAACUGCACCUGGACCGUGGAAGUCAGCCAUGGGAAAGGGGUCCAGUUCCAGUUCCAGACUUUCCAUCUGGAGGACCAGCACGACUACCUCCUGGUCACGGAGAACGGCAGCUUCCUGCAACCUCUGGCUCGCCUCACCGGCAACGAGUUGCCUGGCAACAUCAACGCCGGUCUCUAUGGCAACUUCAAAGCCCAGCUGCGAUUCGUCUCAGACUUCUCCAUUUCUUAUGAAGGGUUCAACAUAACUUUCUCGGAAUACACGCUGGAGCCGUGCGAGGAUCCCGGGCAACCUCAGUUCGGGCGGAGGAACGGCUACAGCUUCGGCGUCGGUGACACGCUGAGUUUCUCCUGCAAUAUGGGCUACCGCCUGGAGGGGGCGCCAGAGCUGGUCUGCCUGGGAGGGGGCCGCAGGAUGUGGAGCACGCCGCUGCCUCGAUGUGUCGCCGAGUGCGGUUCCUCUGUGUCCAACAACGAAGGGAUCCUCCUGUCUCCCAACUACCCCAUGAACUACGACAACAACCACGAGUGUAUCUACAGCAUUCAGGUGCAGGCUGGAAAGGGUAUAAACAUUUCUGCUAGAACCUUCCAUCUCUCCCCGGGGGACCUGCUCAAGAUCUACGACGGCAGGGACAACACCGCCCACGUCCUGGGGGCCUUCACCGGCACCUCCAUGCUGGGCCUGACUCUGAUCUCCACCUCCAACCACAUCUGGCUGGAGUUCUACACCGACCCGGAGAACAACGGGGAGGGCUUCAAACUGGUCUACUCCAGUUUCGAGCUGUCCCACUGCGAGGACCCCGGGGUGCCCCAGUUUGGCUUCAAGGUGAGCGACCAGGGCCACUUCUCGGGCAGCAGCAUCACCUACCGCUGCCAGCCGGGCUACACCCUGCACGGAGCCACCACCCUCAAGUGCAUGACCGGGGAGCGGCGCGCCUGGGACAACCCCCUGCCGUCCUGCAUUGCUGAAUGCGGUGGUGGGUUUAAAGGGGAAUCAUCGGGGCGGAUCAUCUCCCCUGGAUACCCGUUUCCCUACGACAACAACCUGCGCUGCACCUGGACCAUCGAGGUGGACUCUGGGAACAUCGUCAGCCUCCAGUUCCUGGCCUUCGACACCGAGGCCAGCCACGACAUGCUGAAGGUGUGGGACGGGCCGGCAGAGAACGAGAUGUCCCUGUCAGAGAUCAGCGGCUCCCUGCUUCCCGAGGGCAUCCACUCCACUCUCAACACCGUCACUGUGCAGUUCGAGACCGACUUCUACAUCAGCAAGUCCGGAUUCGCCAUCGAGUUCUCCAGCUCAGUGGCCACGGCGUGCCGCGACCCGGGCGUGCCCAUGAACGGCAGCCGCAGUGGGGACGGCAGGGAGCCGGGGGACUCUGUGUCGUUCCAGUGCGACCCGGGCUACGAGCUCCAGGGGGACGACAAGAUCACCUGCAUCCAGGUGGACAACCGCUACUACUGGCAGCCCAGUCCCCCCGUCUGCAUCGCUCCAUGCGGAGGGAACCUCACCGGGUCUAGUGGCUUCAUACUGUCCCCCAACUUCCCCAACCCCUACCCGCACUCCAAGGACUGUGAUUGGCUGAUAACCGUCAACCAAGACUACGUUCUGUCGCUGGCUUUCAUCAGCUUCAGCAUCGAGCCUAACUAUGACUUCCUGUACAUCUAUGACGGGCCGGAUAGCAACAGUCCUCUAAUUGGUAGUUUCCAAGACAGCAAGCUGCCGGAGCGCAUCGAGAGCAGUUCCAACACCAUGCAUUUAGCGUUCCGCAGCGACGGCUCUGUCUCCUACACCGGCUUCCACCUCGAAUACAAAGCCAAGUUGAGGGAGUCUUGCUUUGACCCUGGCGUGGUGCUGAACGGCACCAGACUUGGUUCAGAUUAUAAACUGGGCUCCACGGUGACCUUCUACUGUGAAGCUGGCUACAUCUUACAGGGUUAUUCCACCCUCACCUGCAGCAUGGGAGACGACGGAAGGCCGGGGUGGAACAGGGCCUUACCCAGUUGUCAAGCGCCCUGCGGCAGUCGCUCUACAGGAUCAGAGGGAACUGUUCUCUCGCCCAACUUUCCCCGUAACUACACAGCCGGACACGCCUGCGUCUACUCCAUCUCCGUCCCCCGGGAGUUCGUUCUCUUUGGCCAGUUUGUGAUGUUCCAGACGUCCCUGAACGACGUGGUGGAUAUCUACGACGGGACGUCCCAGCAGAACACCCUGCUGUCCUCUCUGUCUGGCUCCCACUCUGGUGAGUCUCUUCCCCUGAGCACUGGGAACCAGAUCACCAUCAAGUUCACCACGGUGGGCCCGGACACCGCCAAAGGGUUCCACUUCGUGUACCAAGCCGUGCCGCGGACCAGCUCCACCCAGUGCAGCUCGGUGCCCGAGCCCCGCUUCGGCCGGCGCCUGGGCAACGACUUUGCGGCGGGCUCGGCGGUCCAGUUCGAGUGCAACCCCGGCUACGUGCUGCACGGCUCCAGCGCCAUUCGCUGCGAGAGCGUGCCCGAGAACCUGGCCCAGUGGAACGACACGCUGCCCACCUGCGUCGUCCCGUGUGGAGGUGUGUUGGCGCUGCGUCGGGGGACUAUCCUGUCCCCGGGCUACCCAGAGCCCUACGACAACAACCAGAACUGUGUGUGGAAGGUGUCUGUGCCCGAAGGGGCUGGCAUACAGAUCCAGGUGGUGAGCUUCGCUACGGAGCACAAUUGGGACUCGCUGGACUUCUACGACGGUGCCGACAACCACGCGCCGCGGCUAGGAAGCUACUCCGGCACCACCAUCCCUCCUCUGCUCAACAGCACGUCCAACAACCUCUACCUGAGCUUCAGCUCUGACAUCAGCGUGUCUGCCGCCGGCUUCCACCUGGAGUACACCGCCAUCGGCCUGGAGACCUGCCCUGAGCCCCAGACCCCCAACUAUGGGGUCCGCCACGGGGAACGCCACAUGGUUGGGGACGUGGUGCAGUUCUCCUGCGAACACGGAUACUCCCUUCAGGGCCACGCCCACAUCACCUGCAUGCCAGGACCUGUGAGGAGAUGGAACUACCCAGUACCGCUGUGUAUUGCCCAAUGCGGUGGCUCCAUGACGGACGUCAGCGGAGUGAUACUGAGUCCCGGUUACCCUGGCAACUACCCCAGUGGCUUAGACUGCUCCUGGACGGUCAACCUACCGGUGGGCUUCGGGAUCCAUCUGCAGUUCCUCAACUUCUCCACAGAAGCGAUCCACGACUACCUCGAGAUCCGCAGUGGCAACAUGGAGACCGGCUCUGUGAUUGACAGGUUCAGCGGACCAAUCAUCCCCAAGUCUCUGUUUAGCACCACCCACCAAACCAGCUUCUUCUUCCACAGCGAUUACUCGCAAAACAAGCCGGGUUUCCACAUCACAUACCAGGCCUACCAGCUGCAGAGCUGCCCCGACCCGCGGCCCUUCCGGAACGGGAUCGUGAUCGGGACGGACUUCAGCGUGGGCAUGACGGUGUCGUUCGAGUGCCUGCCGGGGUACUCCCUGAUCGGGGAGGCCUCGCUCACCUGCCUGCACGGGAUCAGCCGCACCUGGAACCACCCGCUGCCCCGCUGCGAAGCUCUGUGUGGGGGGAACAUCACGUCCCUGAACGGGACCAUCUACUCCCCGGGGCACCCCGAGGAGUACCCCAACUUCCAGGACUGUGUGUGGAGCGUCAGGGUUCCUCCGGGACACGGCAUCUACAUCAACUUCACCGUGCUCAGCACCGAGCCCAUCUACGACUACAUCACCGUCUGGGACGGUCCGGACCAGUCCUCUCCACAGAUUGGCCAGUUCAGCGGGAACACGGCUCUGGAGUCCGUCUACUCCACCUCCAACAUCAUCCUCAUCAAGUUCCACUCAGACUUCUCCGGGGCCGGCUUCUUUGUCCUGAGCUACCACGCCUACCAGCUCAGAGUGUGCCAGCCCCCUCCUGAAGUCUCCAACGUCAACCUGUUGAUGGAGGACGGAGAGCUGGAGAUAGGUGACAUCAUCAGGUACCGCUGCCUCCCUGGCUUCUCAUUGGUCGGCAGUGAGAUCCUGACGUGUCGCCUCGGCGAUAGACUGCAGAUGGACGGGCCGCCCCCGACCUGUCAAGUCCAAUGUCCCGCCCACGACGUGCGAUACGAUUCGUCGGGGGUCAUCCUGAGUCCUGGUUGGCCAGAGAGCUACCCCAACCUCCAGAUGUGUUCGUGGAGCGUUGCCGUUGAGAAGGGCUACAACGUCACCAUCACCUUCGAGAGCUUCCACACCGAGAGGGAGUUUGACGUGCUGGAGAUAUUCGAUGGCCCCACUGCCAACAGCCCCACCCUGGCCACGCUGAGCGGGGACCUGGCCACGCCCUUCAACAUCACCAGCUCCAGCCACCAGUUCCUGGUGCGCUGGGCCUCCGACCACGGCACCAACAAGAGGGGCUUCAGAAUCCGCUAUGUUGCGCUGUACUGUUCCACGCCGGACUCCCCGCUGCAUGGCUCCAUCUCGUCCCAGACGGGCGGCCACGUCAACAGCGUGGUGCGCUGGGCCUGCGACCGCGGUUACCGUCUCCUGGGCAACGCCACCGGCACCUGCCGCCGCACACCGGCCGGGUACCACAACUGGGACUCGCCCGUGCCCGCCUGCCAAGCGGUGUCCUGCGGGGCCCCCAAGGCGCCGGCUAACGGCGGCGUGCUCACCUCGGACUACUCGGUGGGCACGCGCGUGUCCUACUUCUGCAGCGACGGCUACCGGCUGUCCAGCAAGGAGCUGACCUCCGCCGUGUGCCAGCCCGACGGCACCUGGAGCAACCACAACAAGAUCCCCCGCUGCUCCGUGGUGGUCUGUCCCAGCAUCGGCUCCUUCUCCCUGGAGCACGGGCGCUGGAGGAUCGUGAACGGCUCCCACUACGAGUACAAGACCCGCAUCGUGUUCACCUGCGACCCGGGCUACUACCGCCUGGGCCCCGCCCACAUCGAGUGCCUGCCCAAUGGCGCGUGGAGCUGGAGGAACGACCGGCCCCACUGCCAGAUCAUCUCGUGCGGAGAACUCCCGUCGCCCACCAACGGGAGGAAGAUCGGCACCCAGACCAGCUUCAGCGCCACGGCCAUCUUCACCUGCGACACGGGCUUCAUGCUGGUGGGCUCGGCCGUCAGGGAGUGCCUCUCCUCGGGCCUGUGGAGCGGCAGCGAGACGCGGUGCCUGGCCGGCCAUUGUGGGAUCCCAGAGAGCAUCGUGAACGGUCAGGUGAUCGGCGAGAACUUUGGUUACCGGGACACGGUGGUGUACCAGUGUUUACCGGGAUUCAGACUGAUCGGCUCCUCGGUGAGGAUCUGUCUCCAAGACAACCAGUGGUCCGGACAACUUCCUGUGUGCAUACCCAUCAGCUGUGGACAUCCCGGAAGUCCCAUAUACGGUCGCACGGUGGGAAACGGCUUCAACCUCAACGACGUGGUCAGCUUCGUGUGUAACCGCGGUUACGAGAUGGAGGGGCCCGCACGGGCUCAGUGUCAGGCCAACCGACAGUGGAGCCACCCGCCCCCAACGUGUAAAGUGGUGAAUUGUUCAGAUCCAGGCAUUCCCCCAAAUUCAAUUCGCCAGAGCAAAAUUGAGUACGGGAACUUCACGUUUGGCACCGUUGUGUUCUACGACUGCAACCCGGGAUACUACCUGUUCGGAUCACCUGUGCUCACCUGUCAACCCACCGGCCAAUGGGACAAGCCCUUACCUGAGUGCAUAGUGGUGGACUGCGGGCACCCUGGCUCCCCACCCAACGGCCUGCUGAGCGGGGAGAAGUUCACCUUCGCCUCCACGGUGCGCUACUCUUGCGCGGGGGGGCGGCAGCUCAAGGGGGAGUCCUCCCGGACCUGUCAGCUCAACGGGGUGUGGAGCGCACCCAUGCCCUUCUGCUCAGGGGAUACGGCGGGCUCCUGUGGGGACCCCGGCGUUCCCUCCCAGGGCUCCAGGGAACAGACGGAUUUCCGCAUCCGCUCCAAGGUGUUCUUCAGCUGCUCGGAGGGCUACGAUCUGAUCGGCUCCCUGGAGAGGAUGUGCUUCCCCAACGGCACCUGGUCCGGAACACAGCCCUUCUGCAAACCGGUCCAGUGUGGUAACCCUGGGACGCCCAGUAACGGUCGAGUGUUCCGUCUGGACGGGACGACGUUCUCCCACUCUGUCAUCUACUCCUGCAUGGACGGCUACCUGCUCACUGGCGCCACCACCAGGCUGUGCCAGGCCAACGCCACCUGGUCAACAGUACAGCCCAACUGCACCAUGAUCAACUGUGGGGAUCCGGGCGUGCCAGCCAAUGGCCUUCGCUACGGAGAGGACUUUGUGAUUGGCCAGAACGUGAGCUUCCAGUGCCAGCCGGGCUACACCAUGGAGGAGGACGGCUCCCCGAUCCGCACGUGCACGCAGAACGGGACGUGGAGUGGAUCUAUGCCUCUAUGUACCGCCGUGACGUGUGCAGCGCCCCCUGCCAUCAGCAACGGAGCGCUGCAGGGCAGCGACUUCGAGUGGGGCAGCAGCGUGAGCUACAGCUGCUCCCCGGGCUACGAGCUCUCCUUCCCCGCCGUGCUCACCUGCGUGGCCAACGGCACCUGGAGCGGCAUGCUGCCGCAGUGCUUGCCCAAGUUCUGCGGAGACCCGGGCACUCCAGCGGGCGGAUUCAGGGAGGGGCGGAGUUUCAUCUACCAAUCGGAAGUGUCCUUCAGCUGUGCCCCGCCCCUGAUCCUGGUCGGCCCGACGACCAGACUGUGCGAGAGGGACGGCAGUUGGGGCGGAACGCAGCCGAGGUGCAUCGAACCGACCAGAACCAGCUGUGAGAACCCGGGGACCCCGCGCUACGGUUCUCUCAACAGAACCUUCGGCUUCAAGGUGGGCAGUGUGGUGUCCUUCCAGUGUCAGCCCGGUCACCUGAUCCAGGGCUCGUCGUCGCGGACCUGCCAGCCCGACCUGACGUGGAGCGGGACCCAGCCCGACUGCAUACCCCACGCCUGUAAGCAGCCCGAGAGCCCCCUUCACGUGGACGUGGUGGGCAUGGACCUCCAGGGGUUCGGCUACACCCUGGUGUACAGCUGCCAGCCCGGGCACUUCCUAGCCGGAGGCUCGGAGCACCGGGUGUGCAAGAACGACGGCACCUGGACCGGGAAGAUGCCCAUAUGUAGAGCCGGAGAAAAGAAGAAGGCGGUCAAACCUGCAACUGGAACUCCGAGCCCAAAGCUUAACGUCCCCGAUGACGUCUUCGCCCCCAACUACGUGUGGAAGGGCUCGUACAACUACCGCAGCAGGAAGCUGCCCAUGACGCUGGCCAUCACCAGCUUCAACACCACCACGGGACGCGUCAACGUAACCCUUAGCAACGGGAACCUGGAGCUGCUGCUGUCGGGGGUGUACAAGGCGGCUGAGGCCAGACUCAUGCUGCUGAGGUACCAGGCCACCCAGCUGAACCAGGGCAAGCAGCAGAAGGACCAGGCUCUCUCCCCAGCCAAGAUCUCCGAUGACUCCUGGACCAUGGAUGGAUUUGUGUCUGCGGAGCCAGACGGCUCCACAUACGUGUUUCAGGGCUUCAUCCAGGGGAAGGACUUUGGACAGUUUGGACUGCAGCGGCUGGGUCUGAACAUGUCAGAGAGCCACAACUCGCCCCCUCCCCAGCUGGGCACCAACAGCAGCUCAGUGGCCAUUGCCAUCCUGGUGCCUUUCUUCGCUCUGAUCUUCACCGGCUUUGGAUUCUACCUUUACAAGCAGAGGACCACGCCCAAGACCCAGUACACGGGCUGCUCGGUCCACGAGAACAACAACGGCCAGGCGGCCUUCGAGAACCCCAUGUACAACACCAGCGCCAAGGCGGUGGAGGGCAAGGCGGUGCGCUUCGACCCCAACCUCAACACCGUCUGCACCAUGGUGUAAGGGAGGAGCCCCGGCCACAGCCCCGCCACCCCCACCCUUUAAGAACCUCCAGCCAUCAAGAACAACCUGCUCCACCCGACAGAAACCCAGCGGGAGCCGCUCACUCGCCGUGGCUGCUGUCCGUCUCCAUGGCAACGAGUGACCAUGGCCAACAAAGGCAGUCGAAGAGGACGCCGGGGCGCAUGGGUCCGCAAUCCACCACCUCCA